UUUUAGAAAUCGAUGAUCAUAUAAUAAAGUGAGCACAGAAAAAGACACUCCGCACAGUGCGGCAAGAGAGAGAGAGAAGAAUAUGGGUUCGCGAGAGGACCAGCCAACGCUGCACCUGAGCAGCCUAGUUGUAAGGCCCACCGACAGCGGCGGAGAUAAUGACAGUGACGGUGUUGGUAGCGACUACGAGCCCGGCGAGGUUCGUCCAGAUGCACCACCCUAUUCACGUUCCGGUCGAUUCUCCGAUACUCAUGGAUAUAGAAUACGUGCAGGUUCUGUUUCACCUGAGCGCCAUAGGAAUGCAGAUCAUCGGUAUAGUCCUGAUUUUGAUCAUUCUGGUGGCCCACCACGUAGUCGUGGAUUUGGCAGAGGGAAAUAUCCAGGUAGACAUCGAGACUAUUCACCCCCUUACGGUCGUGGAAGAGAAGCUGGCAGGUUUCUGGGCAAAAGUUAUGAUAGACCUGAUUAUGGUGCAGGGCAAGUUAGAGGCGAAGGUCUACCUAGAAGUAACCCAAAUGUACGGCCAAGAGAUGGUGAUUGGAUGUGCAUGGAUCCGUUAUGUAACAACUUGAACUUUGCAAGGCGAGAGUACUGUAACAAAUGCAAAAGGCCUCGAUAUGCACCUGCUGGGAGUCCUAGGAGAGGUUUUCCUUGUCCCCCUCCCCCUCGCCACAUUCCUGGCCCCCUAAUCAAUCGUUCUCCAGGAAGGUUUGUGAAUGGGUAUAGGUCCCCUCCUCGUGGCUGGGCUAGAGAUGAUGCCAGAGAUUUCAGAGUUGGGGUUCCUCAUUCCAGAUAUGAAGGGAGGUUUGCAGAUCCGCCAAUCCGUAGAGAUAGGCCUGAUUAUCCCGAUGCUGAUUAUAGGGACCGGAGUAGGUUUGAAAGGCCUCCACCCCUGGAUUGGGGACAUAGGGAGCGUGUCAGAGAGAGUUUCUUAAGCGAGAGGAAAGGUUUGGAAAGGCGAAUACCAUCUCCGCCUCGUCCUCCAGUAUUACCUCGUGGCCAAUGGGCCCGUGAUAUCAGGGAGAGAAGUCGUUCUCCAGUGAGAGGUGGACCGCCACCCAAAGACUAUCACCGUGAUUUAUACAUGGGAAGGGGACGAGAUGAUCGGCGAGUUGGACGUGAUGCAUAUUAGCUGGUGUGGAAAUUAUAAUUUUUGUUAAACUAGAUGUAUGUUUCAUGGCUAGCAAAAGUAACAGUCAAAUAUUUUCCUAGUUUCCAAGCACAUUUUCUAUCAAAUUCAGAACCCGUCUGUAAUUUUAUUUGUGUUGCUGAACCAUAACUAACUUUGGUGAAUCUCCUUUUUAGUUGGUUCCUUUUGGCUUUACAUAUUCCCCCGUUGGUUUGAUUAACCUUGGGAGGCUGCUUACUGUAUUCGAAAGAAGUGGUAAUGGAACGAUGUCAUUUGAAUUCA